AAUGUAAAUUCAAGGCGCAGCAACUUGAAAGAAACGGAGUCCAGAAACACCUAAAAACCUAUUUUUAUUAAAUUGUGGCACAAAUAUGGAUAACAAACAGGAAAACAUAAGCGUUGAGGCAACAGCAAACGAAAGCGCGGACGCCCCGGUUGAGCUGCCGUCUGCAGCCAAGUCCGUGAACGCAGAGGAGGAAAACGAUGUGAGUCCGCCAACCGGCAGCAAAGUUACUAAAAAAAAGAAUAAGCCAAAAGGACGGAGUCCAGUUGCCGGCACUGAUCUGGAUACAGAGCUGAAGAAGCUAACGCAGCGCAGAAUCAAUGUUGCGGGAGCGCCGAAAAUGCCGCUGAAUUCAUAUGUGAGGUUUAUGAACGACCGCAGGGAGCAGCUGCGUCGGGAGCACCCGAACCGCACCGCACUGGAGCACACCAAAAUGAUUGGUGAGGAGUGGCACCAGCUGACCGAAGAUCGCAAGGCGCCGUACAUGGAAGCGGCAGCCAAGGACAAGGCACUAUACCAGGAACAAAUGCACAAGUUCCUGAAGGAGCACCCCGAAAUUGUGGCAACCGAAUUGGCCAAGGCGAAGAAGGCAUUCGACACCAAAAAUGCCAGCACAUCAAAGGAGAAGGCAACUAACCACAGCAGCAGCAGCAGCCUGGAUGCAGCCGGCCCAAAGAAAUCGAUGGUGAAGAACACUGUGAACAAACAGCAAAGCACACCAACACCACCAGAUCCGGACGAUAUACCCCUGGCCCAAGUGAAGCGUACACCGACACCAUCACCACCAGCACCGCCGGCAUUUAGCUCCUGCGGUCCGCCGCGACCAUGUGCGGCGGGCGAGAUACCCAUUUAUACGAACGAGUUCAUUGAGCACAAUCGGAGCACCGAGAAUGAGCUGCGUCUGUUGCGCAAGGCCAAAACGGAUCUGGAGCAGCAAAAUGCAGUGCUGGAACAGCAUGUGGACAACACCAAAGCCGGACAUGCCAAAGUCAUGGGCGAGGUGUCCGAGCUGAAGGAUGAAAACGCGCGCUUAUCGGCAUACAUUAAGAAUCUGCGACAAAAGAUUGUGGCCACCUUGGGUGGCAUCACGCUGCCACCAGUGCACCCCGGCGGACUCAACGUGGACAAUGUGGACAAGUACAUACAUCACUUGGCUGGCAUGAUCAGCAGUAGCAGCAGCUCGCCCGCCGCCGGCGAGCAACAGAACAAUGCCAUGCUGCUGAAGGUGGGAGAUCUGUUAUCCAAAAUGGACACGUCAUCCUUACAAAAACCAUAAACUCACAAAAAAAAAA